GUGGCUCUAUAACACAUGGUAGAAAAAUACAGGUAGACGCAUCGACGCAGCUGCUGGGAAAUCGAAUUAAUUCAAUCAACAAUUUAAUAACGAAAACAUGAGUGACGACGAGGAACAAAUCAACCCAAAAUCCCACAAACAAUUGCUACAGGCUAUCAGCAGUUUGGGAAAGACGCAACAUAUACGGAAAUCAACACGUGAUGAACCGAAAUUGGUUCAGGAUGAAUUUCAGUUGGUCAAGGGUUUGGCUGUUGUCUCCAAACCCAAGGCUCAGCCAGUAGCCAUCAAUGAUUUGGUUCAAGUCUUGAAAGGUAAUAAAAAGCUAUUGGAGACGGGAAAAGAACUCAAGAAAACUGUCACUACAAAGAAGGUGUUGGAGAAACCUUUGGAGAAGCCAGCUGCUGAGCGUAUCAAGAGAACCAUUGGUUAUGAAAAUGUUAAGGCAAAGCUGGCCAAAUGGGAUGCGGUGGUGGCAUCAAAUAGAUCAGCGGAAACACAAGUAUUUCCUCUGAAAUCAGAGACGAUUUAUGUCAACACCUCUUUGCGUCGUAAACCCUUGGAGCAAAGUGUUAAAACCGACCUGAUGUUACAAAUGGAAGAAUUGGAGAAUAAAUAUGCCAAAAUGAAACGUGAACAUUUGGGCGACACUCAAGAUCCUGCCGAAUUGGAAAAACAAGAACAACAAUUGCUGCAAAAGAAAUUAACCAAGGAAGAACUGAUAGCCAAGCGAAAGGAGUUGGCUUAUUUGAAAAUGCGUGAGGCUCAGAAGUCAGUAAAGGCUCGCCUGCAAAAGAAAAUCAAAUCCAAGAAAUACCACAAACUGCUUAAGAAACAAAAAAUGCAGGAACAAAUCAAACAGUUUGAGCUAUUGCAGAAAACUAACCCCGAAGCUGCCAUGGAAAAACUCAACGCAUUGGAAAAAUCCCGUGUUCUGGAACGGGCCAGCUUGAGGCAUAAGAACACUGGCACUUGGGCAAAGAAUCUACAAAUACGGGCCAAAUAUGAUAAGGAUGUGCGUAAGGAUUUGUCAGAGCAAUUACAAAUAAGUCGAGAGCUGACACAAAAGGUCAAGGAUGAAGACUCCGAUCAAGAAAUGCCGGAGGAAAAGAAAGAGGAACUAGAUGAAGAUGAUCCCGAGUAUGAUCCUUUCAAUCCGUGGACCACUGUGGGCAAAAAAGACAAGGCAAAUGCAACUGAACAGGGUGAAUCUAAUUGGCGUAAAUACUGGCUAGAACGCAAUGAUAAUGAAAAAAUGCUUGAAGAGUACAAGCGGUUGUUGAAUGAGGAGCAGGGAGAAGAAGAGGAGGAGCAGGAUCAGGACGAGGAGGAGAAGGAGAAGGAAGAUGUUGCCAAAAAUGAAGAGGGACCCUUAGAAGAUAAAGACCAAAAUGAGAGCGACCAGGAAAAAGAUGCCGCUGUACCCAAAAAGAAGGCUAAAGGGGAUACUAAAGCUCCUACUAAAUCCCUGAAAAGAAAAAAGGAAAAGAAGCCUGAUAUUAAACCUAAACCAAAUAAAAAUCAAAAACUGGAAAAUGGUUGGCUGGUAGAAGAAAUUGAUCCGGUUGCUGUCAAGUCGAUUGAUGACAUAUUUGAUGCCCAAGAAGACAGGAUUAGAGAGAAAUUACAAAAGAAAUUAGAUAUAAUCAAUGAAAAGGGCAAGAAAUUAAAAGAGAGCAAGAAGGAUAAGAAGAAGUCUUCCAAAGGACGCGAUCCAUUGAAGAACUUGAAGGAUUUAUCCUUUAAGAAUAAAGCAGUACGUCCCGAAAUCGAUGAGGAACUGAAAAAUGAGUUAGAUGAAAAGGCGGAUGAAUCGGUGAAAAUAAAUGAAACCCUCGACAAAGCAAUGUCAACGAAGUCCAAUGAUACAACAGAAACAAAGAGCACGGAUACAUCUACGGUCACAGACACAAUAGAUCCGACUAAACUGGCAACGGUGAAACUCAAGCAACAUGGAAUUGGUUUUGGUUCCGUCAGCGAGGCGAUGGGCGAUGUUGACAUGGCUGAUGAGGAUGAUGAUCCCAUUGCCGACCAACAAAUGACAAUUGCCCAGGCCUUUGAGGAUGAUGAUAUUAUUGCCGAUUUUAGCCGUGACAAAACAAAAGACUCCGAACUCAAAGAUGCAGAAAUACAACUUUCAAUGCCCGGCUGGGGCUCGUGGGCUGGAGCGGGUAUUUCCAAAGAACAAAUGGAGAGAAGAAACAAACGCCUGUUACUCAAACUGGCCCCUGAGGAAAAACGAAAAGACGAGAACAAAGAAGGUGUAUACAUUAAUGAAAAUGUCAAUAAAAAACUUCGAAAUCACUUGGUAUCCGAUGUUCCCUUCCCAUUCACCUCCCUGAAGGAUUACGAGGCCAGUAUAAGAGCGCCGCUGGGACGUAACUUUGUCACCGAAACUGCCUUCCGGUUGCUGACACGUCCCUCGGUCAUAACACAGAAGGGAAAAAUUAUCGAGCCCAUGGAUGAGAGUGAGUUGAUUAAACCUGCACGAAAGUUGCGAAAUCCUGUGGAUAUACGCAUCGCUAAAAUGGCGGCUGAAGCCAAGUCGUAGAAAUUUGUUGAUAGGAAAUUAUUUUAAAUUUGUAGUGCAUACAUAAUAUAAAAAUGUAUAUUUGAAAUAAAUAUUCAAUUUUUUUUAUUGUAAAACAAA